AUGCCCCAAAGAGCUCACGCGCGACCGCACCGCCUCGCUACGACACAGGGGGCAGCUUCCACUGGGCGUGCCACCACCUUUCUGCGCACGCGCGGCGCCCCAGUGAGUGCUCCGCCACGCCACGAUGCGGUGCACGGUGGAUUCGACUUGAACACCAUGCCCGCGAUCUCGGCGUCGAGCUCGCAAUCGCCCCAUGGGCACGGCCUGCGCCGCGAUUACCGGGUUGUCGGGCGAGGGAUCCUGGACACCCCGCCGCACCCGGUCACGGGUAUGAUUCCUGCCAAUCCUGCUCCAGAUUUCAUACCGCAUGAUGGGGAUUGCUCUGCUGUUCCUCGUUCAUCCCAUGGACCCAAAAUGGAGUUCCCCAAAUUUGAUGGGGAGAAUCCUAGAUUGUGGCGUGAUCAGUGCGUUCUGUUUUUCAAGGUCUAUGGUACUCAUCCGGCAAUGAAGACAAGGUACGCGGCCCUCAAUUUCAAAGGUGCCGCGGCAACCUGGCUGCAGAUGAUUGAACGUCGCGGACGAAUUACAGAUUGGUCGAAGUUGUGUGACUUGGUGUUCGAUAAGUAUGAUAAAGAUCAAUAUCAGCAGCAACUUCGUCAACUGGAGAUGUUGAAGCAAACAAGUUCUGUUGCUGAAUACCAUGCCCAGUUUGAGAAGCUUGCUCAUGGCAUUCUGCUGUACAACACAGCGUAUGAUGAUGUCUACUUCGUCAAAAGCAAGCGCCUGCAGGAGGAAGAACUCGCUAUGGCCAAGGUCAAACCUGUUGGACGGGGAUUCACCAAAGGUUUUGACCGCAAUGGCAACACCAAGGCUGCUGACAAGACAUCACAGUCUGAUUCCGAGGACAAAUUGGCUUCUCUGAAGCAGUUUAGGCGCAAAAAUGGCCUAUGUUUCAAGUGCGGAGGAAAAUGGGCACCAAAUCAUACUUGUCCAGAUCAAGUGCCGAUACAUGUGCUGGAAGAACUAUGGGAUGCUCUACAGUUGCAGGAUGAGGGAGAUUCAGAAGAGAUUCCAUCAGGUAUUCAGUCUGCAGAUGAUACUGUGCUGACAGUGCAGUUACCCAACUCUGAAACAACAGGCCGUAGACAGACUCUGAAACUCCUUGCUCACAUUGGGAAGCAACAGGUGCUAGUUCUUGUUGAUUCAGGAAGCAUUGGAACAUUUGUCAGUGACAGGCUGGUGAAGACACUGAAUCUGCCUACCGAACCCUGCCCAUUGGCAACUUUCAGAGCAGCUGAUGGCGGCCAGCUCCAGUGUUCUGAACGUGUGCCAGCAUUACAGUGGUGA